GUGAGAGAGAGCGGAGGCUCACGGAGGCGGAGCCCGUCAUACGGCCGCAGAGGCGAAGAGACCGCGGCAGCCGAGCAACAAGACACUUUUUUAGGUGUGAUAAGUGAUGACUGCAACGAUCCAGCUCCUCUUCGGGUGUGCGGCGGUGCUGUCAGAGCAGCUGCUGGCGACACACUUCUUUGUUCAAGACUGGGCCUCCAGAUGUGAACCGCGCAUCAGCAGAGCAUGGAUCAUUGCUCCGCCUCCACCGCCAUUUCCCCCAAAGCGCCCGAAAGCGAGAUUCACGAUAGCAAGUGAAGAGCCUGGUGCGGAUCAUCAUCGAGAUUCGCUCCGAGAAACGUACCUUCACAGCCGGCCCUCGAUCUAUCUAAGAAAGAAGGACCUGGCUGGACCAAAGGGAGAAAAGGGGAGUAGAGGACUGAAAGGGGAGACGGGUGUCCCAGGACCAAUCGGAGCCGAAGGAAUCGGUGGCCCCCCUGGUCUCAUGGGACCUCCUGGAGAGAAGGUCGUCUUUGUCAUUAUGCGUUGA